AUGCAGCUGCGCACGUCCUCGAGCUUCUUGCAUCUGGGUUGUGGCGCCGCGGUGGGGAGAAUGUUUGCGCAGCAGCACCUCAUGCAUCUAUCAGUGCGCCGUCCGACUGGCCUCGCCGCACGCGAGCAUAUGCGCCGCCCAAAGCAUCCCCCGCACACCCGGCUUUUCCCCCUGAUGCAGAGUGUGGCGCGGGCGGGGCAGUUCCGGCGUAUGCUCCUCGACUUCGCGUUCGUCUCGGGGCUCGCGGCAUCACUGACGCUGCGGGGCUCACGAAGCGGCGCACCCGGUGGGGACAUUGUUUGCGCAGCAGCACCCCACGUAUCUGUCAAUGCGCCGUCAGACUGA